AUCCCUCUAGCUACCUCGGAUAGAGAAAUGGUUGAGUGGUUUCUCAACCAUGGUGCCGAUCCCAAUGCCCGUUGCGUGUGGGAUUUCACCCCCACGUCUCAAGCCGUGUACGAGGCUCCUCUGGAACUUAUAGAUUAUUUGUUCUCUCGAGGGGCCGACGCCCGCUGUGGCCAACUCCUCCAGCAUGCCGUCCAUAGGGGCAAACCCGAUGCUCUGGACGUGGUUCGUCGGCUUGUGGAGCGAGGUGCACCGAUCAAUGAAGUCAAAUAUGAAAAGGAACCGAAAGUGUAUUGGGAGCGUAAGCCAUUUGGCCUGGGGACACCACUUCAUCGAGCCGCAGAGUUAGGCAAGGGAGACAUCGUCGAGUACUUGUUAGAGCAAGGAGCUGAUCCUUUAAAACUGGAUAGUAGAGGGAAAACACCACGCUUCUGGGCACAGAAAAAUAACUAUAUAGGGAUAGCUAGAAUUCUCCUUGAAGCAGAAGUUAGUCCAUCCAGCAUGCGACUUUGUUCCUUGGAGACUAGCAAUUUAGAGCAGCUAUGA